AUGUCGUCUCGAAUCCCCUCCUUCUACCGCAUCUGGUUCACAGUCGUCGAUCCCUUCUUAUCCAUCAUCGGCGUCUACGGUAACCUCUUCGCGCCCACCUCCAUCCUGAAUUCCUACUCCUCCUCCUACGUCUCCCCGCCCACCACGGAAACAAUCCCACUCCUCGAUACAACGGCCGGCUUCCUCGCAGGCCUAGCCUUCCUGCAGGUUGCCCUAUUGCGCGCAAAACCUACGGAUCUAACGGUCUGGGGCGCGCUACAGGGUAGUACGGUGCUGGUGGAUAUUGCUAUGUGUGGGUGGAUUUACGAGGGUGUUGUGUGUCGAGGGAGGACGGAUUGGAGAGACUGGAAGGUUGAGGAGUGGACGAGUUUGGGGAAUACGGCGGGGGUCGCGCUUAUUAGGACGGCGUUCUUGUUAGACGUUGGGAUGGGGGGAGAGGAGAGGGGGGACGGGAAGGGGAAGAGGAUUUGA